UUAAAUAGUUUUAUAAUGUUGCAUAUGCGACGAUGUGUUUCUCAAAUGGGCCGGGUAAGCAGAGACCAGCAAAAUCAAUUGCAACAUCAACAUAAUGUGCGGAUAAGUGUGAGUCAGAAGAGGCUGAUGGCGUCCAAACAGAUGACCAUCAGAGAUGCACUGAACAGUGCAAUUGACGAAGAGAUCCGAAGGGAUGACAGAGUAUUUGUCAUGGGCGAAGAGGUAGCUCAAUACGACGGUGCCUACAAGGUCACAAAGAACUUGCACAAAGAAUGGGGAGACAAACGAGUGAUUGACACUCCCAUCACAGAAAUUGGCUUCUGCGGAAUUACAGUGGGUGCCGCCUUCGCCGGGCUCAGACCUAUUGUCGAGUUCAUGACCUUUAACUUCUCGAUGCAGGCCAUCGACCAAAUCGUGAAUUCAGCUGCCAAAAGUCACUAUAUGUCGGCUGGAGCUGUGAAAUGUCCGAUCGUGUUCCGAGGGCCCAAUGGUGCCGCGGCAGGAGUUGCCGCUCAGCAUAGUGUAUGCUACGGAGCAUAUUAUUCCCACGUUCCAGGUCUCAUUGUAAUUUCACCUUACUCUGGAGAGGAUUAUAGGGGUUUGUUUAAAGCGGCGGUGCGUUGCGAUGACCCGGUAGUUUUCCUGGAAAACGAACUGGCAUAUGGAAAUCCGACCGAAAUCAGUGAAGAAGCUUUAAGUCCAGACUUUAUGCUGCCAAUUGGAAAAGCGAAAAUCGAGCUAGAAGGCAAAGAUGUUACAAUUGUAUCCUUUUCCAAACAUGUUGGAUUGUGCCUGGAAGCGGCUGCUGCUUUGAAACAGGAUUAUGGCAUCGAAGCUGAAGUUGUGAAUCUUAGAACAUUGCGACCUAUGGAUACGGAUACAGUACUGGAGUCCGUUAAAAAGACACAUCAUCUAUUAACAGUGGAAGGCGGCUGGCCCCAAAGCGGAAUCGGGUCUGAAGUAAUCACAAAAGUAGUGGAAUCUGAAGGAUUUGAUUACCUGGAUGCGAACCCCAUGCGAGUCUCGCAAGCCGAUAUCCCUGUACCAUACGCGAUGAACCUCGAACGCAUAACAAUGCCCCAAAUUGAGAAUAUAGUCGUUAGCGUGAAACACAUGCUGGGAGUUGAGUUCCACCCGAAUAUUAAAAACUACGCUCACUGAGACAGUAUUCAGAAUUUGGAAACGAGGAAUAGUAGUAAUUGACUGUAAAUUAACCACAACUGAGUUGACCUAAUUCAAUAAAACUUUGCUUAAGAAA